CAUAAGGUAGCGACUCACUCACAUGCAGGCGGUUCAACAACAUGGCUACAGUACAAGUUAGCGAGGCGGAAAAGGUGUAUAUUUUACACGGUAUUCGGGAUGACUUACGGGUGGAUGGAAGAGGCUGUGAGGACUACAGACACAUGGAAAUAGAGACUGAUGUGGUGUCAAACACGGACGGCUCGGCUAAAAUCACACUGGGGCACACCGCGGUUCUAGUUGGGGUUAAAGCUGAAAUUGGAAAACCAAGACCUCUGGUCCCAAACGAAGGCUAUUUGGAGUUCUUUGUGGAUUGUUCAGCCAACGCCACCCCUGAGUUUGAGGGCAGAGGAGGUGAGGAGCUUGGCACAGAGCUGAGUAAUACUCUCUACAAAGUCUUCAACAACAAACACAGUGUGGACCUGAAGAGCCUCAGCAUCAGUGCAGGAGAGCACUGCUGGGUCCUCUAUGUGGAUGUGCUGCUCCUGCAGUGUGAUGGAAACCUGUAUGAUGCCAUUUCAAUAGCUAUCAAGGCAGCUCUCUUCAACACAAAAAUUCCCAGAGUGCACAUAUCAUCUGACGACGAAGGAGGAAAGGAAAUUGAGCUUUCGGAUGAUCCGUAUGAUUGCAUGAGGCUCGAUGUAGAAAACGUUCCUUGCAUAGUGACGUUGUGUAAGGUGGGUCACAGGCACGUAGUGGAUGCCACCCUGCAGGAGAAGGCCUGCUCUGUUGCCAGCCUUAUCAUCUCUGUCACACACAAGGGCACCGUCACCUGCACCAGGAAGGUGGGUGGAGGCAGCCUGGACCCAGAGAGCAUCUAUGAAAUGACAGAGGCAGGUAAACGGGUGGGGAAAGCUCUUCAUGCUCCUCUUAUGAAGCUUCUGCAGCAGGAAGAGAGUUUGGGAACCAAGCGACAGAAAGUUGGCUUCCUUGGUUAAAUAACUACUGUGUCGUCAGUAUGUGUGUUUGUACAUGUAUGCAGAAUUUUCUAAUAGAAAUGUGAACUUCUAAAUCCGUCUUGUAUUUGAGGGUGUUUUUUUCAUGAAGAUAUUCUGUAAAAAUGAUAAAUGGACUUGAGCUUAUAUAACACUUUUCUAGUCUUUCUGACUCUUCACACCCACACAUGUUCUUUCUGAUGGUAGAGGCUGCUAUGUAAAGUGUCCAUUAGUAUUAACCUUCUGGUUGAGAGACGACCGACUCUACCACUGAACCACAGCCGCCUCCUGUUCAGUCAGUGUAACCUAAAGUGAUGUGAUUAGAAAAGAAGUCCACACACCCUGAAUAUUAUUGUUGAAAACAAACAUAAAGAUACUUUAGAAUACAGCCUGGACCCUUAACAUUACUGACUGCUAUAAUCUUAAUCUAACUAUUCUUUUGCAGGGUAACAAGGUGAGAAACACACCUCUAAUAUCAGCCUGCUGUCUAACUACAGGGUAGGAAGAGUGGAUAGACACACCCCUGAUAUUAUUGUGUAAGUAGAGAGUUGUGUUUACUUUAUAAUACAGGCUGCAACCCUAAUAUUUCUAUGUAAUAACAAGGGGAGAACAGUUGAUACUUGAGAUCAGUAAUUUGUAAAAUAAACAAACUGGCAUGCUCAAUACUUCCAAGUGUAUAUUUAUUACAGUGCUGUCAAGACAGAAGUGAAAAAUCGAGUCCAGACUCUGUGCGUCUGUUCUUUUUGCCACGUGUCAGUCGAGGAUUGUGUCGAAUGGAAAUCUUACAGAAAGACCAGAUGUGACUCUGGAUCAUUUCCACUCUUCCCUCAGACUGCUAGAGGGUGUGUGCUGACUGGUAGCAGGCGGGUCCAAAACAAAGUCCUUUUUAUGGCUAAAACUCACACUGCAUAUUUUGAAAACUAAAAACGUAUGCAGAGAACAGGUUGUUCAUGGCUGGAAUAAGGUGCCAAAAACACCUGGAAAUAUUUUUUUGUUUUUCCAAAUGGCAACAGUCCUAAGGACUUCCCAAAAAAAUUCAGGCAAACUUUUCGGAAAAGAAAAUAUUUGCCAUGUUUUUAUAAUGAUGAUGCUGUACCCCUUUUAUUAGGCCAUUUAAGCAAUAAAUGAUUCACAGUU